AUGUUACAUUUAGAUUUCAGUCAAAAUGUUGACAUCACUCCCUUAGAGGCUGUCCGUCGGGAGGGCGAUGACCUCACCGUACUUUGCAAAGUACCCUACGCCAUUGACGCGUGUCGAAUGACAGUGGGUACGACAUCCUACAGACUGAUACCAAGCAAUCAAGACGAAGACGUGGUGUACGCCGGACAGGGACUGCAGUACGGAGAGUGUGGCGCCCACAUAAAGAGGGUUAGAGAGGAACUAAAUGGGAACAUCUCCUGCUGGCUUCCUCCUCAGUCUGGAGCUAAAGAAGUUUCAGGAACCAUGAGGCUACUUGUUGCGAAGGCUCCACAAGAUCCAAUUCUAAACUCGCCUCCUCAGGCCACGUUCAGAGAAGGAGAUAUUUUCAUGGCGCAGUGUAUAGUGCCCAAUGGGAGACCGGCGGCGAAAAUAACGUGGUUCAUGGAUGAGGUCCAACUCCUCGCUGGAGUACACCAGCCCAUCAUCACUUCAGAACCUGGCAGCGACUUGCAAACCAUCAGCCAGAAUGUCUCCAGGAACUUGUCUCCUGAAGACAAUGGGAAGAAGCUGACCUGCCGGUCGGAACAUGAGGCUCUGAAUGGACCGAAAGAGGCCGCUAGGCAGUUGAAUGUGCAUUACCCACCAAAACGUCUAGAAUCUGGCCAAAUAACUAUAUUUGGACUAAAAAUCGGGGCAGAGGGCCGUUUGAAUGUGACAGUGCGGGCCAACCCCGGCCCGUCCACCGAGUGGACCGUCGGUGACCUGGUGUUAGUACCGCCCAGAAGCAACGAGGAUGGGUCCAUUAUGGCUCUGGAACCUAAACAUUUGGGCGGUGGAUUUUACAACAUAACAUUAGUGCUAACUCGAGUAGCGAAGGAAGACGUGGACCGAACCUACUACCUACGUGUUACCAACGACCUCGGGAGAGAAGAGUUUGCCUUACGACUUAGCACUAUGGAUGAACCUGCCGGCGUAGAAUUGGAGACGGGGGCAAUAGUUGGAAUCGUUGUGGCAGUACUCAUACUGGUCAUUGCCGUGUUCCUCGUAGUGUUUGCGAAAGCAACCGACAGAUGGUGUUUUGCUGGACGCUCGCAUCGAACUGACAUACCCGAUGGAGCCGAUUCCGAAGCCCCCCUUCCCCCCCACGAAGAUAUCAAAGGUUCCGAAAACCCAUCGCACGAUCAUGGGGAAUAUAUCAGCAAUGGUGAUACAAAACACCCCGAGAAAAAACCGGACACGGCUGUC